ACACUCGAGCAUCCGAACUGUCACGGAACUUGCCGACAAAGAAGACGUGUUUCCGUCCGAGGAGGGAACGUUGAACAGCAAACUGAAGAAAUGAGUGGAGUCGACUCCAGAAGAGGCUCGUGGAGGGGUGGCAAUGGCGGAUGGCGGGGUGGCGGAGGAUGGAGAGGAGGCGGCAAUGGCGGAUGGAGAGGAGGAGGCAAUGGCGGCUGGAGAGGAGGCGGCAAUGGCGGAUGGCGAGGUGGCAGAGGAUGGAGAGGAGGUGGCGGUGCUGGUUCAUGGAGAGGAGCAAGUGGAAGUGGGGACAAAGAGUUAGGACAUCCGAGCAACAGCACCCAGAGAGUUCGCCAUCAGGUCACUCUGGAUGUGCUGUGUCCUUACAAAGGAUGGCCGCUGUACUUCACGGAAGCUUUCAUCAAGAGCUCGCCCAGCGUAGAGAAGAUCAAAGUCUUUGAGAAAUAUUUCAGCUCCAGAAUCCACCUCUACGACAAGGACGAGAUCGAGCGUCAGGGCAGCCUGUUGGUGGACUACGCGGACCUGACCGCGAACGAGGUCGUGCGUGAUGCUCUCCCCGAACUGACCACGGAGAUCAAGCAGCAACCUGAGAUCAUCCUCAACUGUUUGGGAGUGGCUAUUCAUCAGGUCUUGACUGUGGACUUGGAAAAUCAGGCUGCCGAGCUGCAAGGGGAGGAGUUUCCGGCGGCCACACCCAUCAUCAACAUCCCUCACAUCAGUGCAAGGCUGCACAACUACGAGUCGCUGACCCCGCUGCGCACCCUGCGGGCCAGCGUGUACGGGCAGCUGGUGUGCGUGAGGGGCACGGCGGUCCGAGUGAGCAACAUCAGACCUCUGUGCACCCGGCUGGCCUUCAGGUGCACCACGUGCUCCGCCACCUGCUCGCUGCCGCUACAACGCGGCAAGUACGCGACACCCACCAAGUGUAGCCAGCCAGACUGCCGCAGUCGUUCAUUCUCUGCCAUGCGCAGCUCUUCUCUCACACAAACUGUGGACUGGCAACUCAUCAAGGUGCAGGAGCUGAUGUGCGGCGAGCAGAGGGAGACUGGACGAAUCCCGCGGACUGUGGAGUGUCACCUGACCUCAGACUUGUGUGACUGCUGCGUCCCUGGGGACACGGUGACCGUGACGGGGAUUGUGCGAGUCACAAACGAUGGCACCUCCAGGAAGAACCAGGACCAGUGCCUGUUCCUGCUCUACAUCGAGGCCACUUCAGUCAGCAACACCAAAGGUCAGCAGUCCAAGUCAGGAGGGUCAGUGGAGGAUCGUUCCGGAGGGGAAGAGUUCAGUCUGAAGGAUCUUUACGCCAUCCAGGAGAUCCAGUCGCAGCCGGACCUGCUCAGACUAAUGGUCCACUCUCUGUGUCCCGCCAUCUACGGCCACCUGCUGGUGAAAGCGGCGCUGGUGCUGGUGUUGUUCGGAGGCCGGCAGAAGCACACCGACAAGAACAGCGUCCCCGUCAGAGGGGACCCUCACAUCCUGCUGGUGGGAGACCCCGGGCUGGGCAAGAGCCAGAUGCUGCAGGCGGUCUGCAACCUGGCUCCAAGGGGGAUCUAUGUGUGUGGGAACAGUGCCAGCUCUGCAGGACUAACUGUGAGCUUGUACAGAGAUCCAGGGAGUGGAGAUUACGCUCUUGAGGCCGGAGCCUUGGUGCUGGCCGACCAAGGCUUGUGCUGCAUCGACGAGUUUGACAAGCUGGGCAGCCAGCAGCAGGCUCUCCUGGAAGCCAUGGAGCAGCAGACCGUGAGUCUGGCAAAGGCGGGUAUCGUCUCCUCGCUGCCGGCCAGGACCUCUGUGGUCGCCGCCGCCAACCCCGUCAGGGGACAUUACAACCGGGGCAAGAGCGUCUCGGAGAACCUCAAGAUGGGCUCGCCACUGCUCUCCCGCUUUGACGUGGUCUUCCUCCUCCUGGACAUCCCGGAUGAGUCACACGACCGCCUGCUGUCGGAGCACGUGAUGGCGAACCGGGCAGGCAAAACCAGAGGCGCCGUGGUCGCCAGGGACGUCGCCGAGACCUCCGUCUUGCUGGAACACUCCGACAUGCCGCUGUCCGAGCGUUUGAAGAUGCCCGCAGGUGAAGCCGCCGACCCCAUCCCGGCGUGCUUGUUGACAAAGUACAUCUGCUACGCUCGCCACUACGUGCACCCCACGCUCUCGCCUCAGGCCGCCCAAACUCUUCAGGACUUCUACCUGACGCUGAGGUCGCAGUCGCUGUCCGCCGACUCCACGCCCAUCACCACUCGCCAGCUGGAGUCCCUCAUCAGACUGACGGAGGCCAGAGCCAGGCUGGACCUCAGAGAGACCGCCACCAAGGACGACGCCGAGGAUGUGGUGGAGAUGAUGAAACACAGCCUGGUGGACACCUACUCCGACGGUCUUGGCAACCUGGACUUCGAGCGCUCUCAGCUGGGAGCGGGCAUGAGUCAGCGCAGCACCGCCAAGCGACUCGUCAACGCCUUGCACGCACACGCUCAGCAGACCAAUCAGACACAGUUUGACCUACAGGCUCUUCGAUCUCUGGCACUCAGACUCAACAUAAAGGUGGUAGACUUUGAGGGUCUAAUCAGUUCCCUGAAUGAACAAGGGUUCCUGUUGAAGAAAGGGGCCAAGCUCUACCAACUUCAGACUGUUUGAAGUCCUCAACAUUUGCAAUUUUCAUUCAAAUUGUAGGAGUUACUAUACAAUCUUCCAAGAAAGCCUGAAAGAAAUUGUUUGGAAAAAAAAUUGUACUUGCACUUUAUUUGAUACAGCCAUUUCUCAGUAAAACAUUUUCUACAACUAA